AUGGCGGCGGCUGAAACGCUCACUAUCCACCUCCCCGGCGGUGCCAUUUUAGCUCGACGCCGGGACAACCUCAUCCAUGCCAGAGGCAUCAGAUAUGCACAUGCCACAAGAUUUGCGAGGCCCCAAGCCCUGCCAGAUUGGGAGGGAAUCUGGGAUUGCACCGGGCCAGCUUCAGUGUGUCCCCAGAAUGCCUCUCGGCUAGCGCGGGUUACCGGGGUUCUGGAGGGAAAUAGGGAUCAGAAUGAGGAUUGCCUCCAUGUCAGCGUUGUGGCUCCGACCACAGUGCGAGCAGCCCCUGUUAUGGUCUUUUUACAUGGCGGGGCGUAUGUUACUGGGGGUGGUGAUCUCGACGCAUACAGCCCUCACAAACUAGCCAAGGAGGGUGUUGUUGCUGUCACCAUCACCCAUAGGCUUGGGGUGUUUGGGUAUCUCCCCAUCCCCGACCUGGCCCCAGCAAACCUUGGUCUGCUCGAUCAGAUAGAGGCGAUGCGCUGGAUCCAGAAAAACAUCAAAGCAUUCGGUGGGGACCCAAAUAACGUCACUGUCUUCGGCCAGUCUGCUGGUGCCGACGCGAUAUAUUGCCUUUUGGUGGCUGAUAAUACGGACGAACUCUUCCAUCGGGCAAUACUACAGAGCUUGCCGCUUGGUCGACUGUAUGAUGAGAACCGUGACAAGAUGACUCGUGCCAUGUCCCAACACGCCAGCAAUGCGCUUUCCCCUGCAGAUUUGGUAGUGGCCCCUGUAUCCCACCUCCUCGACCUACAAAAGCAGCUGCUAGGCGUCGCCAGAUCCGUUUCGCCCGCUCUCCUGCCCUUUGGACCGAUAUUCGGCGAACACCCAUUGCCGCCCGAGAAUAUCCUCUCUGAUCGCUUCAUCGCUGCCGCUCGUCGCAAGCCACUAUUCGUCGGCUAUACGGCAAACGAGGAAACCGCCUUCACGCACAUUGACUCGAGGGAGCAGGCCCCUGCAUACCUUUAUAACCUGUUCCAAGGUGAAACCGAUCACCUGCUUCAGCACACCUCCACGGCACUUGGCAGGGGUUUGCCCAGCUAUGAGAUUCGGUGGUACACUAAAGGAAAUGGCGAUCUUCAAGCAACGCACUGCAUAGAACUACCGUUCCUCCUGGGCGACUGGCCUGCAUGGAAACAUGCGCCAAUGCUUCAGGGAGCGGACGCCGAGGAGGGAGUUGAGAGAGUAGGUACUUCCGUGAGGAAUUUAUGGGUUGCAUUUGCUCGUGGGGAGGACCUAGGUGGCAGGAAGUAUAUCAUUGAUGAAACCUUCAAGUUCCCUUGA